AUAACAGAAUGGCUAGCAGGCCUAUAAGGCGUAGGCAAGUAUGCAGAGCAUCGUUCAUCAGAUAAAAGUUUAAGGAGGGAUAACUCUGUUUAAAUGCCGUUUGGUACCUCUAAAGUACCCUCUCAACACCCUGUCCUAAUGCUAAAUCAGUGUGUUUAAUCUCUCCUAAUUACAAAGAUUUGCUGUGGUUAAUAAAAUUAAUCAGCCUCAAUUAGACCCCCCACUUGCGCUUCUCCUGGUUCUGUUGCCCCACACUGUGACAGAUAAAUUCACAGACAUUUAAAUACUGGUACCCUCACAUCUCUGAUCUAUUCAGAUCUAGUGUUCACAAGAUACACUUGAUUAAGGAAACAAGACUGCGUAGAUUAAAAAAACAGUUUUCUCCUUAUCAGCUAGAUUUGGUAAAAAGUUGAGUUUGAUAUGCAAAACAACUAAGAGCAAAUUGAGACGAUCCCUUUUAAUUGUCCUAACUUGACCUUGUGACCAUAGAGACUUCAGUCAUUAAUUUACUUAGCUGAGAGAGCAUUGAGGAGCAUUGCAUCCUAGUUGAUGUAGAACUGCUGAAGCAGUGUCCUCGACCAGCAUUGUGAAAUUGAUCAACUAAAACACCUGUGAGGAAUCUGACGGCAUACAUAAUCUACACUGGAGGUGUUAGUGUCUGACUUAAAAAUUGAAGAAGGAUCAUGGAGGAAAAAAGCAGCUGCAACAGUGGUCAGGAAUUCCUGGGACUACGCUUCACUAUAGACUACCUGCUGUACAACAAGGACAGUAAGACCAUGAGAGAGGAGCCAACGUGUUCUCCAGACCUCUCACCGCAGACCUCUCACCGCCCAGUGGAGACGCAGAGGCCUGACAUUCUGUCAGAGAGAGAAGGCAUAGCACUUGGGAGGCAUGAGAUGGUUCCAGAAAGAGAGGGAGAAGAGUCAGAGGAGGAGAAUGAAGAGGAGGAGGGGGGGAAAGGAGAAGCCCAUGAGCUGACUACUACAGACCGCCUACAGGACAAACCCACCCAGUCCUACAUUGCCCUUAUCUCCAUGGCUAUUCUAGCUUCAGAGGAGAAAAAGCUAUUGCUGUGUGAUAUCUACCAGUGGAUCAUGGAUAACUACCCAUACUUCAAGAGCAAGGAUAAGAACUGGAGGAACAGCGUCAGACACAACCUGUCCCUGAAUGAGUGCUUUAUGAAGGCAGGUCGGAGUGACAACGGCAAGGGUCAUUUCUGGGCCAUCCACCCUGCUAGCUUCCAGGACUUUUCCAAAGGGGACUAUCAUCGCCGACGGGCUCGCCGCAGGAUCCGAAGAGUAACGGGACAACCUCCCUAUGACCUGCACACCCCAUACUUCCCUCUCCACAGGCCCAGAGGGGCGCCUUGUCUGUGCUGCUCCCCGGCCCAACUUCUCUCCCAGGCCCACCCGCUGUCCUCCCUCUCAGCCAGGAUCUACUGGAGCUGGGCCAGCCUGCAGGCCAGACGACACCUGGCCCUCCACGCUCCGGUUCAUUAGCACCACAAAGAGUUGAUCUUGGCCUGUUCUUUGCAUUACUGAUGGCUGAGAGAGCUGUAGUGAGUACGACUGUGACACAUCUGUGGCUGGCUGGCACAAAUGAAAGUACUGAAGCAUCAAA